UGUGGAUUUUUCGUGUUGUUGUUGUCUACCAAAGAAGACGUGUUCCUGUUUGCAGUUUCUGUUUUUUUGUUUAGCAAAGAUGAGUUGUGAAGUUUGCAACGAAGUGUCGGCAAAAUACAAAUGCCCGAGAUGUGGAGUGAGAACAUGUUGUGUUGCAUGCGUGAAGAAACACAAAGAGGAAAAGUCAUGCAAUGGCCUGAGGGACAAGACAGCAUUUGUACCAAUAAAGGCCUUCUCUGACAACAAUCUUUUGAGUGAUUAUCAUUUCCUGGAAGAUGUUGCAAGAAAGACGGACAAUGCUGCCCGACAGUCCAGACAACAUGGACGCAGAGACAAAUCCAGAUAUUUGCACAAAUUAGUGUCUCAAGCCAGAAAAAGAAGAAUUGAUCUUCAGAUCUUACCAUAUAAUUUCGAGAAGAGGAAGUCAAAUACCACGGUAUACUGGAAAAGGGAGGAGAAAUUCAUGUGGCACAUAGAAUGGGUGUUUCCAGGGGCAGGGGCCAAGUACACAGACAACAGAGUCAGCGAGGACACGAUAUUAGAGGAGGCAUUGAAGCGUUACCUUCACCCCACGGAGUCAGACCCAGUGAUACGACACAAAUUGCGGGAUUUUGUCAGAGUGGGGACAGAGAAUUGUGCCAUCUGUAUGAGGGUCGAGGGAGCAUGUGCCAAUACACCAAGGUACCACAAGCUGGACAUGAAGGAGACCAUUGGUAACAAUUUGAAAGGGAAAACAAUCAUAGAAUUCCCAACGUUGGAGGUUGUAUUGCCUGAACAGCUGUCACAGUACAGCUUUGUACACCAAGACACAGAUAGUCAUAGCCAGUCGGGAGAAUCCACAAACAAGCAGCAGUUAGGAGAAUCUGCGCCUGAGCAGAAGUUGGGAGAAUCUGCACAGAAGAAGCAGUUGGAAGAAUAUGUGUCUUAA